UACUAUGAGUGUAGGCUAUUUGAUUUAGCAUUAGCAAAAUUAAACCCUUUCACUGCCACUCUCCAACUCAGUCACAAUGGCCACCACCACAUACCUGAAUCUAACCACCAUCACCGCCGCCGCCAACAACAUCUCCCAAUCCAAGCAAUUAAGACUCACCACCUCCACAUCCGCAAUCCCCUCUUCCACCUACACCAAAUCCACCGAGCCCCUCCCCCUCUUCUCCUCCGUCAAAUCCUUCGCCCCCGCCACCGUCGCCAACUUAGGCCCCGGCUUCGACUUCCUCGGCUGCGCUGUCGAUGGAAUCGGCGACCACGUCACCCUCCUCAUCGACCCCGCCGUCCAGCCCGGCGACCUCGCCAUCUCCCACAUCUCCGGCGCCGGAUCCCGCCUCAGCAAGGACCCCCUCCUCAACUGCGCCGGUAUCGCCGCUCUCUCCGUCAUGAAAAUGCUCGGGAUCCGCUCCGUCGGCCUCUCCCUCUCCCUCGACAAGGGCCUCCCCCUCGGCAGCGGCCUCGGCUCCAGCGCCGCCAGCGCCGCCGCCUCCGCCGUCGCCGUCAACGAGCUAUUCGGCGCCCCUCUCUCUCAAUCGGAGCUCGUCAUUGCCGGAUUGGAAUCGGAGGCGAAGGUCUCCGGCUACCACGCCGACAACGUGGCGCCCUCGAUUUUGGGGGGUUUCGUUUUGAUCCGAAGCUACGAGCCCUUGGAAUUAAUGCAGCUCAAAUUCCCUCAUGAGAAGAGUCUCUAUUUUGUGUUGGUGAAUCCGGAAUUCGAAGCUCCGACGAAGGAGAUGAGGGCGGCGCUGCGGCCGGAGGUCUCGAUGUCGAAUCACGUCUGGAAUUGCAGCCAGGCGGGGGCUCUGGUGGCGUCGGUGCUGCAGGGGGACGUGGUUGGGUUAGGGAAGGCGCUGUCGUCCGAUAAGAUUGUGGAGCCGAGCAGGGCGCCGCUGAUUCCCGGGAUGAAGGCGGUGAAGAAGGCCGCGAUCAAGGCGGGGGCGUUUGGAUGCACGAUCAGUGGGGCUGGGCCGACAGCGGUGGCGGUGACUGACUCUGAGGAGAGGGGUAGGGUGAUUGGGGAGAGAAUGGUGGAGGCUUUUUGGAGAGAGGGGAAUUUGAAGUCUAUGGCAAUGGUGAAUAAGCUUGAUAGAGUUGGAGCAAGGCUUGUUAGCAGUGUGCCAAGAUGAUGUGGAUAUUUCGAUGAUUAGCAAGAACCAGUUAAAAGGGAGAGAACUCGAGUUGCAUCGUCUCAAUUUCAGAUAUGAAGGUGCAUUGGUGUUGCUGGUGGCCUUUUUUUCCUUCUAAGUCUUAGUCAUGUCGCCCAUCCAAGGAGCUCUCAGCCUCAACAAGUUAGUUUUACUUUCACUUACCGUUUAGCUAAUCGUUGAUUUUUGGAUCUGUGUUUUCGUUUUGAGGCCCAUCAUUUCUUUGUUUAUUGGUUGGAUGAGGUGAUGUUAUGAAUGAUGAACUGAUGAUAAAUAUUCAUAAAUUUAGUGGUAUCAUAUGACUUAACCCUCAGAGCAUACAUCUGGGAAUUGUCUAUAUUUAUCAAGGGAUUUGGGUUUUGUUAAUUUUCUUCAAUGAAGAUUUCAUAUGGUUUACACUA